GAUGGACUCAAUUACCACAAUUACACUCAAGAUUGCAACAAAUUAAAUCAGCGUCGUGUGUCCGUGUCCGCGCCCGUGUGUGUGUGUGUGCCCGCCAGCACUGAUAACCGAUAGCCAACGCCAACGCCAACGGAGAAAAGUAAAUAAACAGCCGUGAGCGCCGAGCGUCACCUUGCGGCGCAUCCAAAGCCCCGCAGAGGAGCUGCAACAGCAGCAACUGGAUCACCGACAACGACAGCAGCACCAGCAGCAGCGAGAGCGAGCGAGAGAGUGUGCAGCGGGACAGGGAACGAUAUAGACAUACACGAGCGAGCGGGACUUCUGACAGCGCCACAAGAUGAUGAUGGAGAACGGACUCUCCAUGGAGUACGGAGAUGGCUACAUGGAGCAGGAGGAGGAGUGGGAGCGCGAGGGCCUCCUCGACCCUGCGUGGGAGAAGCAACAGAAGAAGACAUUCACCGCCUGGUGUAACAGUCAUCUACGCAAAGCUGGCACCGCCAUCGACAACAUCGAGGAGGACUUCCGCAACGGCCUCAAGCUGAUGCUGCUGCUGGAGGUGAUCUCCGGCGAGACGCUGCCCAAGCCCGAUCGCGGCAAGAUGCGUUUUCACAAGAUCGCCAACGUGAACAAGGCUCUCGACUUCAUCGCCUCCAAGGGCGUCCACCUGGUGUCCAUUGGCGCCGAGGAGAUCGUGGAUGGCAACCUGAAGAUGACCCUGGGCAUGAUCUGGACGAUCAUCCUGCGCUUCGCCAUCCAGGACAUCUCCGUGGAGGAGAUGACCGCCAAGGAGGGUCUGCUGCUGUGGUGCCAGCGCAAGACGGCUCCCUACAAGAACGUCAACGUACAGAACUUCCAUCUGUCGUUCAAGGAUGGUCUGGCCUUUUGCGCCCUUAUCCAUCGCCAUCGUCCAGAUCUGAUCGACUACGCCAAGCUGUCCAAAGACAAUCCUCUGGAGAAUCUUAACACUGCCUUCGAUGUGGCCGAGAAGUAUCUGGAUAUUCCGCGCAUGUUGGAUCCAGAUGAUUUGAUCAACACUCCGAAACCGGAUGAACGUGCCAUCAUGACGUACGUCUCCUGCUACUACCACGCCUUCCAGGGAGCCCAACAGGUUGGAAAUGUGACGCAUGUACCCGAACCCACAAGACAAUACACCUACGUCCCGAAUAAUUACAAUGCGGAAACCGCUGCCAACCGCAUCUGCAAGGUGCUCAAGGUCAACCAGGAGAACGAACGCCUCAUGGAGGAGUACGAGCGUCUGGCCAGUGAUUUGCUGGAGUGGAUCCGUCGCACCAUGCCGUGGCUGAACUCCCGUCAGGCCGACAACUCACUGGCCGGCGUCCAGAAGAAGCUGGAGGAGUACCGCACCUACCGGCGCAAGCACAAGCCGCCACGCGUGGAGCAGAAGGCCAAGCUGGAGACGAACUUCAACACGCUGCAGACCAAGCUGCGCCUGUCCAACCGGCCCGCCUACCUGCCCACCGAGGGCAAGACCGUGUCCGACAUCUCGAACUCGUGGAAGGGCCUGGAGCUGGCCGAGAAGGCCUUCGAGGAGUGGCUGCUGGCCGAGACCAUGCGCCUGGAGCGCCUCGAGCAUCUGGCCCAGAAGUUCAAGCACAAGGCCGAUGCCCACGAGGACUGGACGCGCGGCAAGGAGGAGAUGCUGCAGUCGCAGGACUUCCGCCAGUGCAAGCUCAACGAGCUGAAGGCCCUGAAGAAGAAGCACGAAGCCUUUGAGUCUGACCUGGCCGCUCACCAGGAUCGCGUGGAGCAGAUCGCCGCCAUCGCCCAGGAGCUGAACACCCUGGAGUACCAUGACUGCGUGUCGGUGAACGCCAGGUGCCAGCGCAUCUGCGACCAGUGGGACCGCUUGGGCGCCCUCACCCAGCGCAGGCGUACCGCUUUGGACGAGGCCGAGCGCAUCCUGGAGAAGAUCGACAUCUUGCAUUUGGAGUUCGCGAAGCGGGCGGCGCCGUUCAACAACUGGCUCGAUGGUACACGCGAGGAUCUGGUGGACAUGUUCAUCGUGCACACCAUGGAGGAGAUCCAGGGCCUGAUCCAGGCGCACGACCAGUUCAAGGCGACACUGGGCGAGGCCGACAAGGAGUUCAACCUGAUCGUGAACCUGGUCCGCGAGGUGGAGUCGAUUGUGAAGCAGCACCAGAUCCCCGGCGGCCUGGAGAAUCCCUACACCACCCUGACCGCCAACGACAUGACACGCAAGUGGAGCGAUGUGCGCCAGCUGGUGCCCCAGCGCGACCAGACGCUGGCCAACGAGUUGCGCAAGCAGCAGAACAACGAGAUGCUGCGCCGCCAGUUCGCCGAGAAGGCCAACAUCGUCGGCCCCUGGAUCGAGAGGCAAAUGGACGCGGUGACGGCCAUCGGCAUGGGACUGCAGGGCUCGCUGGAGGACCAACUGCACAGGCUCAAGGAGUACGAGCAGGCCGUUUACGCCUACAAGCCGAACAUUGAGGAGCUGGAGAAGAUCCACCAGGCGGUGCAGGAAUCGAUGAUCUUCGAGAACCGAUACACCAACUACACCAUGGAGACGCUGCGCGUCGGCUGGGAGCAGCUGCUCACCUCGAUCAACCGCAACAUCAACGAGGUGGAGAACCAGAUCCUCACACGCGACUCCAAGGGCAUUAGCCAGGAGCAGCUGAACGAGUUCCGCAGCAGCUUCAACCACUUCGACAAGAACCGCACCGGCCGCCUGUCGCCCGAGGAGUUCAAGUCGUGCCUGGUCUCGCUGGGCUACUCGAUCGGCAAGGACCGCCAGGGCGACUUGGACUUCCAGCGCAUCCUCGCCGUCGUCGAUCCCAACAACACUGGCUACGUGCACUUCGACGCCUUCCUCGACUUCAUGACCCGCGAGAGCACCGAUACCGACACUGCCGAACAAGUCAUCGACUCCUUCCGAAUCCUGGCAGCCGACAAGCCAUACAUUUUGCCCGACGAACUGCGCCGCGAGUUGCCGCCAGACCAGGCCGAGUACUGCAUCCAGCGCAUGCCGCCCUACAAGGGACCCAACGGAGUGCCCGGCGCCCUGGACUACAUGUCCUUCAGCACAGCUCUCUACGGCGAGACCGACUUGUAAGAGCGCAGGAGGCACCACCCGCAUCCGACGGACUGCGUCGGCGGAUCCGAGCAGAGCCAGAUCAUAUAAUAAUGAUAACCUUUAAUAAUAAUAAUAUUAAUAAACAUAGAUUUAUUAUACCUACACUCGUAACGGUAGCUGCAGAAGAACUUCAGAGCAUCAUGUGAGGAUGAAUAUAUAUUUAUUAAUUUCCGUCUCGAGCCGAUGUAUGCGACCCACACAUACAAAGAAACAUACAAGAAGCAACAAAAAAGGAAAACCAACUAUAAAAUGCAACACACACACACAUUAAAACAUUUGUAAAACAGCAAGGCAACCACCAAGUGCAUAUCGAAUAUUUAAAUCUAAUUCUAAAUCCAAGUCCAAAACAAAACAAAAACAUCAACAAAACGCUAAAACAUUAUUUUUUGAAAUUUAUGUUAAUAUAAACAAAAUCCAUACAUAAAAACCAAAAACAAAUGAAAUCGCCAAAUCCGAAAGAGACUUAUUUCUUCGAAACUGGAAUGUAUGGAAAGAGGGAGGGAGGUAGCAAGGCGAAAGGGGGCCUCGAGACUACUUCCGUUUCCGCUUCCGUUUGCGAACCGUGAGCUCCCCCAGACAGACAGAGACGGCGAUACAGCGAGAGAGAGAGAUAGAUAGAGACGGCGAUACAGCGAGAGAGAGAGAGAUAGAUAGAGACGGCGAUACAGCGAGAGAGAGAGAUAGGGAGAGACCACUUUACCCACACAAAUACUGUAGCCAUUUGCUUAUCAACCAUUUCAGAACCCAAGUUUGCUUUUCUCGAAUAUAUCCACUUUUUGGGAACCAAAACUACAAUUCACACACACAACUCGGAUAACUUUUGUUGAAUAAAGCGAUUUCUUGGUGA